AUUCAUAUAAUUAUUCCUAUAUAUAUAUAUAUAUAUAUACAUAUACCCCUCUCUCUCUCCUCGCUCUCGCUCUCUCUCGCUGUAUAGCUGCUUUAGUAAUUUUCCGCCCAGAAGAAUAUUCAUCGCGAAUUCAUGUCUGAAAAGGGACAGCCAUUACCCAAGUUUGGUGAAUGGGAUGUCAAUGAUCCUGCUUCAGCUGAUGGAUUUACUGUGAUCUUUAAUAAGGCCAGGGAUGAGAAAAAGACAGGUGGCCAACCUGAGUCACCAGGAAAAAUGGAUCCGAAUGUUAAGCAUGGAGUGAAUCCUGCCAAGCCAGUGGCUAAAAAAUGGUUUUGCUGCCUGCAAAAACCAAAUGCAGAGUCUUGAUGAAUUCCUUCCCGUGUAAAAGCUUUCAGUGGAAGAGCGUGUUCAUAAUUGGCCCCACCACAUUUUCUAAGGGUAGGAGCUGUAAAGUGGACAUGGAUGCUGCUGGGAUCCAUGUUGUGUGUUGAACUGCGUUGUAAUGAUGGUAGACCUCAAACGAUAUUGUAUCUAUAUAUUACUGGUUUGGUGGGUUAUUGUUUGAAGCUAAGCUACUUUUUUGUUCUCUUCUCUGUCCUCUCUCGUGUAUGGUUUGUAGAGUUUUUGUCUUUGAUACAUGUGUGUGUGUGUGUGUGUGUUUUUUUUUCCUUUCUCUUUGAACCAUUAUGUUGCAAAUAGUGGAAUGGUUUUGAUUUA